ACCUCGUCGACCGCCUAGGCAACCUCAACAUUGCUCCCAAAGAGCCCAUAAUACUGUCGUCGUCGUCACCCUGGAAUAUGGGUGCCUACUCCAAGGGUAAAGGACAGCGAUAGUUCGUCUACCACCAUGUCAGUGGAAAUCUGGCCACACGUCGCGCCCGAUCAGCUUAAAGUCGCAAUUGAGACCGCCGAGAGGCGCGAACUCGACUGGCUGAUCGAUGAGCUACACGAAACCCUCACCAACCUUAAACAUGGUCUCGAGGACUGCUAUGCGCUGCUGGCGCCGAUAGACCCGGGGAGCACCCUAGUGUUGAGCACGCCGCGGAACGAGGUUGUCAAAGGACAUGUCACACGCGUCGGUACACGGAUAGUCAAGGGGACCAUCCACCUCCGUCUGCGCACCCUCCCCCACCAAACCCUCACCAUCAACCCCGACCACCCGAUCCACCUCACCCCCCUCACAACCCUCCACUCCCUCCUCACCCACUCGAUCGACCUCCUCACCCUGACCCUCUCCUACUCGUACCCUUCGGCAACCCCGACAACCCCGCUCCCAUCCGACCUCCCACCACCACACUUCCUCUCCGCGCAACUCCGGCUCCUCUCCCAGUCCCUCAGCGAAGCCUCUACCGUCCUCAAAGGGGCCCCACCACCAGGCGACCCGCAACACUGGACAACAGGCUCCGUAGCGCCCUCCCACUUCACGCCACCGCUCCCCCAACCCACCACGGCCACCUCAUCCACCUCCCCCGCUAGCCUCAGCUUCCACCUCAGCAUACAAGACAGCUCCCUCGUGCUCUGGCUCCGCUCACUCGAACCAGCCGACGCGCCCCUCAACUUCGGCACGAAACUAGCUCUCGCAAUCGGCACGGCGCGCCGCCUCGAACACGACGAAUCCGAAAAGGUAUUCGGCUACUGCUGCUCCGGCGAGGACCACCACCACAACCACCAGCCGCACAUGUCACCCCCGCUCGCACCCGCGCUCCCCGCAAUCUCACCCGCACCGCUCGCCAAGAUCCCCAGCCGCGAAGCUCCGGCUCCGGCUCCGGCUCCGGCUCCCGUUCCCGCUCCCAUGGGCCAAGCGCUGGUGCCACUUUCGGGCACGCGCGACGGCAGCAGCAGCAGCAGCAAGAAAGCCAACAAGGCGGUGGACGUGUUUGUGCGGGAAAAGGUGCGGGUGGAGAGCGCGGAUCCGAGCUUGAUGUCGCUGUCGGCGAAGCUGAGCGCGCUGGGCCACACGCUGGCGGUGGCGCGGCGGAAUUUGGCGGCGGUGUUGGGGGAGGAGGUGGAGGGGGAGGAUUAGAGAUUUUGGUGUGAGGGAGGCCAGUGCCUAGGCUGGGGAGACAUGGGGGAGGGAUAGGAGGUCGUUUAGGAUUGAGGAGGUCAGGGAUGGGGUGGAACUUGUGCGAGAAGGGUUGUUCAUAUGGGCUGGAGUUGGAUGGGAUGGUUGAUAUGGGUGUGUUUAUGUGCUGCGUUAGGCAUGACCGGGCGUGAGAGCCCGGCGUGAGGGCAACGCGCUGGCAAUCUUUGAAAUACGUCUCUUUCCCAACGG